UACGCGCAGCUGCUUCACAAGUGCCUCAAAGAGGCGCCGCAACACACACUAUCACUUCGCGAGUUGUAUGAUUGGGUAUCUCAGCACAGUCAAAAGGCCAAAGAUCCGAACAACAGAGGAUGGCAGAAUAGUGUUCGGCACAACCUGUCCAUGAACGCUGCUUUUCAACGCGUCACAGAUCGAACCAGCGCCAGCAAGAAAGGCAGUCUCUGGCGCUUG